AUGAACAACCCUGAUGAGACCAGGAAAAGCCUCCUGAGACCCUGCACAGCCAAGCAAUGCAGAUACACCAGAAGAGAAGACUUACACCAGCUGGAAUCUCGGUGCUCAGAGGUUUGUUUGCCUGGAAACAGAAUAAAGCCAGGAUCUUCAAUCCACCCUUGCUGCUAUGACUGUGUCCCAUGUUCAGAAGGGGAGAUAUCCAAUCAGACUGACAGGGAGAGCUGUAUGAAGUGCAGGGAUGAUGAAUGGCCCAAUGAGAAAAAGGAUCGAUGUAUUCCGAAACUGCUGGAAUUUCUCUCCUACACUGAUGGCAUUUCUAAAGUAUUCAUCACAGCUUCUUCUUUACUCUGUAUUGUGACUCUCUUCAUAAUGGGGAUUUUUAUUUCCUAUCUGAACACCCCCAUUGUCAAAGCCAAUAACAGAAACCUGAGUUUUGUUCUCCUUGUCUCCAUCUUCUUGAGCUUCACCUGUGUGUUCUUGUUCCUUGGUCAGCCACUGGAUAUAACCUGUAUACUCCGUGUCAUGACAUUUGGAGUCAUCUUCUCCAUAGCCGUCUCCUCUCUUCUGGCUAAAACAAUCAUGGUUUACAUUGCUUUCAAAGCCACCAAACCUGGCAGCUACUGGAGGAAAUGGAUUGGAAGCAAACUGUCCAACUCUAUAGUAUCAUUGUGCUCAUCUGUUCAAGUGAUAAUAUGUCUUAUUUGGUUGUCCACUUCUCACCCCUUCAAAGAAAUAGACACUCACUCUUAUCAAGACAAGAUCGUCAUUCAGUGUAAUGAAGGGUCAGUUAUCGGGUUCUACUCUGUGUUGGGUUAUAUGGGGUUUCUGGCAGCUGUGAGUUUUCUUCUGGCUUUCAUGGUGAGGACAUUACCGGACAGUUUUAAUGAAGCCAAGUACAUCACCUUCAGCAUGCUGGUGUUCUGCAGUGCCUGGAUUGCCAUGAUCCCGGCCUAUCUGAGCACCAAAGGGAAAUAUAUGGUAGCUGUGGAGGUAGUCGCCAUAUUAGCCUCAAGCGCUGGACUUCUAAGCUGUAUAUUUUUGCCAAAAUGUUUCAUUAUCCUAUUUAAACCAAAACUAAAUACACAAUCAUGUUUGCUUGAUAGGAAGAAUAUAUACAAGUAA